AUCGAUUUCUAAGACAUUAGUUUCAACAAAUUCAGUCUAGGUAUUCAUUUGAAGCUGAGAACAGCUUCUGAAUAAUAAUGAAAAUACAUGUGUUUUUCGAUUUAAAUACCUGAAAUUAAACACUCAGGGUUAAUUCGCAUAUUCUCACACUUAGACGUAGCCUCGUUGUCAAGUAUGUUAACGUCGGGCUAGUUGUCAGAAUGGUCAGGUCACACCUCGGAAACUGUAACUCCCGCCCAAUUUGUUACUCUUGCGCACGGAGAUAACUACUGCUGAUUAGAUUUUUUAAUUCAAGGUGAAGGCACGUAGGUGAAAUUCGAUAGGAUCUGCAGAAGGUACGCAUUUGACACUAUUAGACUGCAGGAUUGGGAUCAGACUGGCCUCUUGAGUCAAGCCAUCGGGGGGCAGAGCAAGUUAAGGUCCAGCAGGGGUAGAAUGAAGGGAGGAGUAAACAUAGUAGUCUUUUUUUGGUUCGACAUGUCAGGAGCGAGCAUUUGAUUGUUGGAGCUUGAGGAGGGACAUGGUAGACCCAGAGAAGCGGUUUUAGACAGAGCGUGACCCAACCGUCCCUGAACCUGAGAAAACGUGCCAUGAUCCUUGGACCGCCCGGUGGACUCUCUCACGGCUUUCCCUCUGAAGCGCGCGCCGCAGGGCUCUUCUCACGUGACAUCACUUUUCCGACUCUGUGAUUAACUGUCCGGUUGGCUCAUUUGAACAGUGUUCCUCACCUGAAAGAAUGCUGGGUCACGUGGUGUCGUUUGGCCGCUCCCUGGUUCGGAGGAAGGUGGUGGACAUGGAUUGCCUUGAGGACUCCAAACUGUGCCGCUGUCUCUCCACAAUAGACCUCAUUGCCCUGGGAGUGGGCAGCACGCUGGGAGCCGGCGUGUAUGUGCUGGCUGGAGAGGUCGCUAAGGGUAACUCUGGUCCGAGCAUUGUGGUGUCCUUCCUCAUUGCUGCCCUGGCCUCAGUAAUGGCUGGCCUGUGCUAUGCUGAGUUCGGAGCUCGGGUCCCCAAGACAGGCUCUGCGUACUUGUACAGCUAUGUGACGGUGGGGGAAAUCUGGGCCUUCAUCACUGGCUGGAACCUCAUCCUCUCAUAUGUAAUAGGGACCUCGAGUGUUGCACGUGCCUGGAGUGGAACAUUUGAUGAGCUCAUUGGGGGACAUAUCGGGCAGUUUGGCAAGACAUACUUCAGAAUGAGCUUGCCUGGCCUGGCCGAGUACCCCGACUUUUUUGCAGUUUGCCUCAUUUUACUGCUUUCAGGUCUACUGUCAUUUGGAGUCAAGGAGUCAGCAUGGGUUAACAAAAUUUUCACAGCUGUAAAUGUGUUGGUGCUAAUAUUCGUCAUCAUCUCGGGGUUUGUCAAGGGAGAUCCUCUCAACUGGAAUAUCUCAGAGGAGUAUCUCAUAAAUGUCACUGUCGUCACAAGGAAUCUGUCUUACGCUGAUAAUGUCACCAGUGAUUAUGGCGUGGGUGGAUUUUUGCCUUACGGCUUUAGCGGGACUCUGGCUGGAGCAGCAACCUGCUUUUACGCUUUUGUUGGGUUUGACUGCAUCGCAACUACAGGUGAGGAGGUAAAGAAUCCACAGAAGGCAAUUCCUGUGGGUAUAGUGGUUUCCUUGCUGGUCUGUUUCCUGGCUUACUUUGGCGUGUCCGCGGCCCUCACCCUCAUGAUGCCGUACUACCUCCUGGAUUUGAGCAGUCCCCUCCCUGUGGCCUUUGAGUAUGUUGGCUGGUCGCCCGCAAAAUACGUAGUGGCGGCAGGAUCUCUCUGUGCCCUGUCAACCAGCUUGCUCGGCUCGAUUUUCCCAAUGCCACGUGUAAUCUAUGCAAUGGCUGAGGAUGGGGUGCUUUUCAAAGUGUUAGCCCGAAUCAAUCCUAAGACGAAGACCCCACUUAUUGCCACAAUGAGCUCCGGCGUAGUCGCAGCAAUCAUGGCCUUCCUGUUUGACCUGAAAGCCCUGGUGGACAUGAUGUCCAUUGGAACAUUACUGGCCUACUCUCUGGUGGCAACAUGUGUUCUGAUUCUCAGGUACCAGCCGGACGCCGUGGACGAGAGGCCCAGGAUGACGAACGGAGAGAGGGAAGAGGGGCCGGAGUCCGAGCUGACGGAGUCUGAAUCUCAUCUCAACAUGCUGAAGGACAGAGGGAUGACACUGCACUCUCUGCUCCAUCCCUCCAUCCUGCCUACUGAACAGUCCUCCUCUGUGGUUAACAUGGCCGUCGGCGUGAUAGUGAUUGCGGUGUGUGUUGUCAGCGCUCUGACGACGUAUUGUAGCCAAGCCAUUCUCGACUUGAAGCCUUGGAUCCUUGGGACGUUGGCUGCCUGCAGCGUGAUCUUCAUUGGCUGUGUCUUCGUCAUUUGUAGACAGCCCCAGACGCACAAGAAGGUCUCAUUUAUGGUUCCCCUCUUACCAUUUCUGCCCAUCUUGAGUAUAUUUGUCAAUGUUUACCUCAUGGUCCAGCUGAGCGUGGACACGUGGAUACGAUUCUCCGUCUGGAUGGCUGUGGGCUUCCUCAUUUAUUUUGGUUAUGGUGUGUGGCACAGUACUGAACGCCAGAGGCAAAAACAGGGCUUUGCGUCGCAGAAAAAGAAAUUGAUGGGGAAGGGCAGCAGUAUUGAGCGAUUUAACCUUCCGGAAAAGACCGUUCAGUGUUAGAGAAGAUCCGUUCAAAGCCCUCAGACUGUUUUAGGAAAUGAAGAGAAAAAAUUUGCAACAAGCCAGCGAGUCAUUCACCUCCCACAUCAUUAAAGCAACCGUUGUUAUAAUUCAGCGUCCCUGCAGCUGAGCGCUGUUGAAAUAUCGUCUCUGAUUCGCUCAAAAAACGCAGCGUACACAGUGCCGUCGUAGUGAUCCAUACACAUCAUCUUUGACUCUGUAUUUAGGCACAAAAAGCGUUGAUUCGUACAAAACAGUAUGUCAGUAUGUAUUUUUUCAUAGAUAAAUGUGCCACAAUAAUCCCAAAGAGUUUCAUUAGCUGAUGAAUUUUGAGGACGGUGCAUAUGUAGUCUCUCUUCUUUUUAACUUGCGUUUUUGUCUGAACUCGUUGUCUUGCAACUGUAUUUUUAGUGUAUUUUGUGUCUUUUAGAUAUUAAUUCACUGUGUCCUAUUUUCAUGUAGUAAAAUUUCACUUAGAGAGCAAUUGACUUAUUUUAGAAUAUCUAGAGAACAUGUUGGUAACUUUUUAUGUUUUCAUACUUUUCUGGAAUCAAUUCCUAUUUUGUACACUUGAUACAAUUAAUGUUACACUUUUAAAAAAAACAAAAUAAUGCAAUCUUUUGUGUUUGAAAUAUUCACAGUUCUUUUUAGCAUUUUUAACUCUUUCUUUAGUUUUAUUGAUAGAAUAUUUUGAUAAAUUUCCUUUUCAUUACCAGUGAAUGACUAUUAUCAGCAGAAGUGUAACACAGUCACUGUGUACAGACAGUAUUUCUCUGUUGAGAUGUUGGAGAUAUAUAGACUUGAUGAUGUGAACUGUCUUUAAUUAGUCUGUCACUUAUAGAGGUGAUCUAAUCCCUAACGCAACAAUCCAUCUUUGUAUGACCAAAGUCAUGUCUUUCAUGGCAAACAGACAAAAAUGUCUAUUUUUGGAUUCAGUAUUAAGAUAAUCCGACCUUCUUUAGCCAGCGCUAUUAUGCGAAGGUGGGUUUGAUGUGAUGCUAACAGUAUGAUAUCCCUUGUUAUGAUGUUUUCCUUUUAUUUUUUUAAUCUUUUUUUCCUGUUGUAAUCAAGUACACAAAAAAGUUUUAAAAUGUUUUACAAAUGUGUUUACAUGGAGAACAUGGAUAUGAAUAAUGCUUUCAUGUAUGUGUGUAUGUGUGAGACUUGAGUUCAUUUUUUGUGUACAUGUGCUUCUCUGGGUCUUGAAUACCAGAACACUUGAAGACCCUAAACUGCUCUAACCAGAGACAUAUAUUUUGUACAGUUUUUGCUGAUUAACAUCUAUCAUUUAAUCAAGUUGGUCCUGUUCUUUGCUGAUCUUAAACAAUUUGAUUCUCAUUUGAUUUUGCUUGUCUGAUUUGGUUUUGGUGAGACUAGUGGCAAAAACACGUCGUCUUAACAGAGUAUUACUCAAAACAGAUGUUCUGCAAUGGCAAAAAAAAAAAAUCUUUUGUCAUAAUUUUCUACUAACUGCAAUUGUUGUCAAUAAAUGUUUCUGUUUUCAGUUUUUAA